UGCUUAGGUGCAGUGGUCCAGUUGCAACAUCUUUUCAACACAAGAUCAUGCUGCUGCAGCCAUUGCCAAGACUGGUGUUCCUGUGUAUGCCUGGAAGGGAGAGACUGAUGAAGAGUACCUCUGGUGUAUUGAGCAGACCCUGUUCUUUGCUGAUGGCAAACCACUCAACAUGAUCCUUGAUGAUGGUGGUGACCUUACCAACCUUGUCCACAGCAAACACCCAGAGUUACUAAAAGGCAUUAAAGGAAUCUCUGAGGAAACCACAACAGGUGUGCACAACCUGUACAAAAUGAAGACUGAGGGGACCUUAAAAGUACCCGCUAUUAAUGUCAAUGACUCUGUGACUAAGAGCAAAUUUGAUAAUUUGUACGGAUGCAGAGAGUCGCUGAUUGAUGGUAUAAAGCGAGCCACUGAUGUUAUGAUCGCAGGAAAGGUUGCAGUGGUUGCUGGAUAUGGAGAUGUUGGGAAAGGUUGUGCUCAAGCAUUAAGAGCUUUUGGAGCCCGGGUUAUUGUUACAGAGAUUGACCCGAUCAACGCUUUACAGGCGGCCAUGGAAGGUUAUGAAGUCACCACAAUGGAUGAAGCCAGCAAAGAAGGGAACAUAUUUGUUACAACAACAGGAUGUGCAGAUAUUGUGGAGGGAAGACACUUUGACCAGAUGAAAGAUGAUUCCAUUGUCUGCAACAUCGGCCACUUUGACGUUGAACUUGAUGUAAAAUGGCUUAACGAAAAUUCUGAAAAGAAAGUUAACAUCAAACCGCAGGUGGAUCGCUACCUCCUGAAAAAUGGACGCCAUAUUAUACUACUUGCUGAAGGGCGGUUGGUGAAUUUGGGGUGUGCCAUGGGUCACCCUAGCUUUGUUAUGAGUAACUCAUUUACAAAUCAGGUGAUGGCUCAAAUUGAGUUGUGGACCAACAAUGAGAAAUACCCUGUAGGAGUCUAUUUCCUUCCCAAAAAGCUUGAUGAAGCCGUGGCUGCUGCCCAUCUAGACAAGCUGGGGGUGAAACUGACUAAGCUUACAGACAAACAAGCCAAAUACCUUGGGCUGGAGAAGGAUGGACCUUUCAAGCCUGAUCAUUACAGAUACUGAGGGCAGUCUAUGAUGAGCCAAAGACCAAAAUGUACCUGUCCUCUCCAACGGUCAACAUCCUGCUACUGUUUCAGUCUCUGUAUCAAACAUAUACAGUGUUGUGUAUGAAGAUUAUACCUCAUAGUGCCUCUGUGCUCUAGAAGAUGAAAACAAUUUGCAUUUCUGUUAAAAGGCAGAUCUGUUUUACUGCUUUGUUAUAAGAUAUCCAAAGACAAUUGUCAUCCUUUUACAGUGUAAACUCCUGGUGUAUACUAAUGUGGGUUUUCAAUGGAGCACUUAAGUUAUAUAAAAACUUCUUAUUUGUAA